AUGAAGGAAAUUCUAGUUAUAUUUUUUCUGUUUGCAGCGUAUUUGAAUGCAGGUUAGUAUCAAAAAUAAACUAUUUGAACAGGGUUUGCGGAGCACGCCACGUGGAUUUCCGCGUGACUUCCGCGCAGGUUCCGAGCGCUCUGCGCGAGUGUUAACCGCAAGCUUCCGCGAAGCGGCACUGUCUUCCGCUUUAGCGGCCAUGCCUAAGUCCCGAGCCUGAGUCCCGAGCGCUCUGCGCGAGUGUGAACCAAAAGCUUCCGCUGAGCGGUACUAUCUUCCGCUUCAGCGGCCAGGCCUAUGUCCCGAGCCUAAGUAAUAAAAAAAUAAGCUAUUUGAACAGGGCUUGCGAAGCACGCCACGUGGAUUUCCGCGUGGCUUCCGCCUCAGCAGCCAGGUUAAGCUCAAGCCAAAGUCCCAAGCGCUUUGCGCGAGUGUGUACCGCAAGCUUCCGCGUACGCGGCACUGUUUUCCGCUUCAGCGGCCAGGCCUAGGUCCCGAGCUUUCUGCUCAAAGUCAACUCAAUAUUUUUCUUCUAGCAAACACUGAGUUUUGCUCAAACUUUUCCAUUGAAAAUGAGCUUUCCACAAUCAAAUCAAUUUGUCUAACAACAAGAGAAAAAGAAUUAAUGAACGGAGAUGUUUCGAAAGAUAUCAUCGCCACGAUGUUUCUCCAUCGCUUGAUACCAAUGGCACAAGAAACAAUCGGACUUUCCGAAAUGCGAAAAGCUUUGGGAUUCAAAAAAUUGGGACCAUGGACGAAAUAUUCAAGGAAAAAGCCGAGCGAAGAGCAGCUCAAAAAUGCGAAGAAAAUCGAGGAAUAUUAUGAGUUGAAGGAGCCAAAAAACAAGGAUAGAAGUUUGGAUAGCGGGUUUUUAUUUGAGAAAAAUGUAUGGGCAGCUGUGAAGUUUUUUGAUGAGCGAAUUCCAGAAAUUCGAAAGAUUUAUAAAUGUGAAUUUGCUGAAGUUUUGAGAGGGGAAAAAGGUUCGCUGAAUCGAGUGACAAUUAAUAAAAUGAUUGAGAAAUGGAAUGAUAUAUGGUUUGAUAUAGAAUAUGCACUUAAUCAUAUCAAAUGUGAUUAA